CAUAUUUCUGUUACUUUGAAAUUAUUUGGAAUAGACAGCCAUUUGUUUUUUUUUUAAUUGCACUAUAUGUAGCAUUCUAUUUCCCGAGCAGUCAGUUACUGUGUCAGUCUGGGUAAUUUUUUGUGGGUUUUUUUCCGAAUAUUAUUAGUGUAACACCUAUAGCAAUGAUAAUAAUAGUUUUAAGUGUAUCAUUCUCCAUCAGAACUUGUCAGUAUAUUAAGUAAUGGAGAGCUAAAUUCACCUCACAAAUAAUAUUGAUUGAUCAAUAAAAAAUUGAUCAAUUUUGAAAUAUGUUUUUUUUGUUAUUGAAUUUUUAAUAUUUUAAUCGGUUAUUGCAUAGUAAUUAUUCCUAUGGGGAUGGUAUAUUAUUUAUUCAAUAUAUAGAGCUGGACAAUAGCUUUAAAACAAUAUGCAUUUCUGUGAGAUAACUAUUAGAAAUGGCACUAAUACAAUAUUAAUCUGAAGUGGCUGCAAAGAAAAGCUGAAAGUCUUUAUGACCAGAUAUGUCUGUGAGAAAUUUGGUGCUUAUGAGUCGCUGUUUUGGUACAUUAAGUUAGGUUGAGCGUUUUCGAAUGGCCCUGCGCGUCGCUCCCCCCACUGAGUUGUCCAACUGAAGAGUCUUAUGGACUCCAGAGUUUUAAACUCCGCUGUUUUCCUGUAGGAAGGUAGUUGGGGCUGGAUGUGAAACCUAACACCGGAAUCGGGUAACCUUAAGCUCCGAACAGCGUGAAACAUAAACGCCGCACGCUGCAGCUUCACCAAAAGGGGGCAUCCAGUCAGUGAGUAGUGCGCAUUUCGCGUAGUUUUGAUCGGAUUAAACUAGCUCAUAAGAAUAAAAACUUAGUUCAACUUAAUGGUCUGAGUUUACGUUGCGUUAGGAGCAGGGAACAGCAGAAUGCGCGUGUUUUAUCGAAAGUAACAACUGCAAGAAAGUCUUUUUCGAUAUUAAAUUGGCGAUUCAUUGGAAUUCCAUUAGUUUUCCGCAGUUUGUGGUUAUGGAUCUCAGGAGCGGACGCUCCUUGUCGGCGGCAGGUGGAUCCUCGGCGGCGUGUAAAACGGCUGAGCUGGCCCACUUGUUGCAAUGGGAAUGCACUCAACUGUUGGAACUCUACGAAAUGAAGGAACCCUUCAUUUUGGAAGUCACAUUGCCAGAGGUUCACAUCAUCACCCUGCCCCAACCGUCAUCCGAUCUCUCGGUGGACAAGCAGUUGUCGACCAUGUGUUCCGCCCUCCAUCAGUGCCUCAAGUUACUGGAGACAGUGAUGUGUAGGGAGGAGGAGGAGUUCGGGAUCCAGGAGGGAGGGGACUACAGGAAAAUGCAAAACACAGUGAAAGACAGACUUGGGGAUCUGCUCCACUGCAUGAAGCUCCUCACGAAGGGGGAGCUUCCUUCUCACACAGAGCCUACAGACGGCUCAAAAAAUGGCAACACAUUCGCGCUGAAGAUCUGGAUCUACAGGGUCCUGCUGGAACUGAAGCACUGGAUCAAAUGUGCCAUCGUAAUUCUCCUGAACAUGCAGUCCUUGCAAGAGACGAAGCGCAGAGUGACCAGGAAGAGAGGGGCCCGGGAGAUGCACGGAAGUGAGGGAGAGGGAGGGAGAGAGAGAGUGUGGAGGAGCACAGGGAGGAGAAGUGCAAUGGAGGGAAAGGUUGCAAAGGGGAGGUGUAAGGCAAAAUAAAGGUACAGCGGGCGGGCAGCCUGGAGGAGGAGUAAAAGGAGCGUGGUGAAGGACACAAACUGGAGAGGGAAGACGAGCAGGAAGCAGAAAUGUUGAGAGGAGCACAGACUGAGAGGCGUGUAAAAAUAUAGUUAAAAAAAAUCAAAAUACAGUAUAUCUACACUGUCGGCCAGAAAUGUAGGCCCACCAUCAGAUAUUAAAAAAGGUACCACUUUUCAAUAAGGCUCUCUUUUGCCAAAUGGUAGUAACUCAUUAAUAAAAAGAAAACUGUGCUAUAACUUGUUUUAAAUUGUCUAUUAAUAAUUUACAAAGUGUUACACCUUUAUUAAUAACCAGGUUAUAAACCAUUCAUAUUGGUAGCCUCAUUGUGAAGUGGCACCAAAAAAAAAAACAAUACACUGCUAUGUCAAACUUCUAUUAGAAGAAAAUAUUAGAAAUGUUAACAAAUGUAAGUGAUAGUUUUCAGUACUUUAAAGCUUGUAGUAACACAUUAUUUAGCCACAAAGGCUGAAACUAUUGGUUUUGUAGAAAACACAUCAAGUCUGUCUUUAGUGUACUGACAUUCACUUUGUGUUGGAAUUCUAUCUACUAAUGUCAUAACUUGAUUUGCUCUUGGCCUCUCUUGAUUGCGUUUUAAUAAACUAAACGAUAGCCA